AUGGCGGAAAACGAUCAAAAACUAGAAGGAUUAGAUCAAAAUAGUAUUGAAUCUGGUCUUAAUGGAACCGAAAAUGCCCUAGAGGCGGUAGAAGAUCAAAAUAAUGUCGAAAUGUUACCUAAAAACGACCGAAAAGACGAAAAAUCAGCGGAAAACGGCCAAAAAUCUCUCCAAAAACGACAAAUCAUCCUCCCAACCUUACCAACGCUACCUCCUUUAUUUACCACAACUCCAAGACCAUUACUUGCACCAAUCCCAACCUUAUGGCCAAACUUUCCAACUCUAUUCCCAACUCCAACCCCAGCACCAACUUUGCCCCCAUUACCUACAACACAACCUACACUCUUCCCUCUGCCUGCAAUACCAGUGAUUACUGUCUUCCCCAAUCAACCAACAUUAUUCACGCUUUUUCCAACCCCAACAACACCGUUACCAACUUUGCCGACCGUUCUACCGGUCUUGACAACCCCGAGACCAACUUUGUUUCCACCGCUUCCAACUCUGUUACCUACUUUACCACCUGGAAUACCCACUAUUUUGCCUGGAAUUGCUAUUGGAUAA